UAGCACUGAAAGGAAGGAGUGAAUAUGAUAAAUGCCAUUAUUUAGCAUACGACUAGGGAAAUAGAGCAAAAUGGAGAGAACAAUAAAUCAUAUUUUUAAUAAAGAAUUAUUGAACUACUAUGAAUAAAUAUUUCGCUUGCUUAAAGCCCAUGGGCGGAGGGUCGCUGUCGUGCAAAGUCCUAGAAAAGCCAAGUAGAACAAGUUGGCCGCCAUUUUGCGGCCCCAAUAACACAACGCGUAAUCUGCAAUCCGGUAAAAAGUAAAUCACGGUUUAUUACAGAUACGUCCUUAUAUUAGAGAAGGAAAGCUUGAAAGAUCAAUUGAAGGAAAGCUUGAACAUAUCUGAAAGUUAAAAAGUGAAUGAUAGGUUUUUGUUUACUAUUUGGAAAAUCGUUAAAAACGGGAUUUAGAAGGGGUUUAUUAUUGCGACACUUUAGUCAUUUAUUACAGAUAAUACAAUUGGCGCAAUUGCUAUGCUGUAGUAAUGUAAACUAUUUGUAUGCGCAAAACACAAGCGUGACCCGAGGUAGGCUAUAUUAAAUAGAACAUCCGUGUUAUAACUACGUUACCCUCGUAUGGCUUACGUCAUGUCCUGAAAUAUUACGAAUCAGAGUCCGUAUAUAAACAUGAGUUAUUUCAUCACCAUAGAAAUCUUACAGGGCAACCAAAUGGGGCUAAUUUCGCCGAUUGUUUACCCUAGCAACGGGAAUUUUUAAACAGAUUUUUCUGCUAAGUCGCAGUUUAUUUAUAAAACUCAAAAACUUCAAGUCACUUUUGGGCUUUAAUAAAUCUACACAUCUACUUGAAAAUUUGAUUUUCUUCAAUCUGCAUCCUGUAUUUGUAUUAAAAACAUAAAAUAUAUUAGACUUAGCUAUAUACGUUCAUAUUUAUAUUAUGUCUAUGAUCAAUUUAGCCCCAUUUGCUGUGUGCUAUGUGAUUUCUAUGGGCGACAUGAAAUAACUCAUGUUUAUAUACGGACUCUGUUACGAAUUACAUAUCGGUAAGAUAAAAAAAACAGUAGUGUGGACAUCCUGACUAGUUUUGAGUAUUGGAGCGACAUGAAAAUCCUUUGUAGGGUCGCCUACUUACAUACCCCUAACACCUUAUGUGAAACACGUAUAGAUGUGACUAUAUGUAUUCCUGUUAAACUAUUGGAAAAUAUACUUGCGUCACUAGAGAAAAUAGCUCGUGACGCAGCAUGUGGAUAUUAAAUACAUUGCUUUAAGUAGAAGCAGCAUGCAUAAUAGCACCACAGUACGUUUAGUAAGGGUGGCAAAAAUAGUUAAGGCACUAGUUGUUGAUAACAAUGCAAUGAAAGCUGUGUAUUUAAUGAAUGCUAAACAUAAUUAUCACGUUGCUUUAUGAAGAGAUACAUAUUUAAUAGGAAAACUGUGCACAGCUAUCGGAAACUUUACAUUCGACUCCGUUACGUCCAAUAUAGUAGGUCGACGUUUAAUUACACAAAUUAAGAUGAGAUCUAUUUUGCUAACAAUAGUUUUAAUGCUGGUUACACCAACGCUCCAGCUAAUUCAGUUCAACCGAGGAAGCCUCCAGAAAAUGUACUUCUCCAAAAAUUCAAAGAAGAAAAUGAACGUUCCGUACAAGAUCUGUUUAGAUGCAACUCCUGUUUAUGUCAACGCCACAGCUCGUCCAACUAAUGCAUCACUCCCGCAUACCUUCAACCUCACUGUUAUAGAUAUAUAGCGGUACAGUGUAUUGGUUGAACUGGAACGCACAGAACAGAAAUCGGGAUGGGAUGAAAUAUCAAUCACUGUCGAUUGGGAAUCUAAGACAUACAAUUGGCCAUUGGACAACUGCAAACAACUUUUUAUGGUUGGGAACAUUAACAAUGGAAUCUACGAAAUAAAUGAGAAUGGGAAUAUAAUUGAAGUUUACUGCGAUAUGACAACUGACGGUGGUGGAUGGACGGUUUUCCAGCGACGAAUAAACGGUAAACAAGAUUUCGACCUUACAUGGGACGAAUACAGGCGGGGAUUCGGCAAUAAGAGUGCAGAAUUUUGGAUGGGAUUGGACAAAUUACAUUCGCUUACAAGACAGGGUUCGUAUGAGUUAAGGAUUGAACUGAAGGAUUGUCAAAAUAAGACCUUGUACGCGAAGUAUGGGACAUUUAAAGUAAUGAACCUAUCCGAGAAUUUUCGAUUGCAGAUUGCAGAGUUUAGUGCAUGUCCAGGGUUCGAUGAUUCCCUAUCAUAUCACAACGGCAUGCUUUUCUCGACUAAGGAUCGUGAUAAUGACUUGCUGCAUAGUCAAAGUUGCUCGAGCGUGUACCAUAGUGGUUGGUGGUACAAGACUUGCCACCGGGCCAACCUUAACGGUCAAUAUCGCCCAUGUGUUGUUACUGCUGACGCAAUGACAUGGCACAAUAACUCUAUCGCCGUUGGACUUCGAUUCACUGAAAUGAAAUUCCGUCCACUUUAAAAGAGAAACAAUAUUAGGUGUUUGCACAACCCACCUUAUAUAUACAUUACAUAGGUGAGCACCUAAAAUCCAUAUUUUCGUAUCGUGGUUUUAACAAUUACCUAUGCCCUUUCGAGUCGGUCUACGGAUACAUAAUUCUGUAGAUAUUCUUUGUUGUUUACUACCAAAUGGGACGCUAAAAGAGAAUAAAAACAUGUCCCAUCUUACCCCACCUUACCAUAAACCGCAAUUAUUCUGUACUUUGUGUAAAAAUGUGAUGUAUUAAAUACCGUAUAAUAAUGUACAUGUAAAAAUCAAAUUUUUAAUGCUAUCUAUACUCCUUUUGUUUUUAAGUUCAUAACUAUACCUAACACGUUUUAACCCAUAGCACUGAAAUAAGGUAAUUGGCCCGAUUGUAACCUAACACCACAAUCCACAUAUAUAGUCUACCUGCAUGCUUUAAUAACGUAUAUUCAAAGUAUUAAAUAAAAUAUUCUGAACAAGUAUGUCUUAACAUCAAAAUGGUUCAGUUUCACCAUAAGUAAGGUGGGAGAAGACGGGACACCUUUAGCACAUAAUAUCCAAUUAUCCUGACCGUAUUUUAAACAAUUAACAACGAUC